UCUCCAGCGCUAGCCGGAAAUUAUGGCCGUGUGGGCUUGUCCUGUUCGGCAGCACAUAAUACUGAUCGGUCACCGCGUGUCUUGUCCCUUGCGCUGCAUGUUCAAUCGUACAAUUCGGCCCCCUUAUCUUGUUCGCGCAUCUCUUCACUCGUUCCCGCACCUGCAUUCCAAAAAAAUCCCGCGGUCGCACCCUCCCCCACCGCCCACCGCUGCAAUAAAUCCGUGCACCUACGAUGUUGCCACCAAUCCUCUUCAGUUGAGCUCCGGAGCCAGUGCUCCUCUCAGGUCUGCAAGGAAAUCCGUCCUCACUUCACCCCCUUCGCAGUUCAGCCACCGUCAUUGAUGCGAGCUUCAACUGACGCUAAACAGCAUAUUUUCACCAACCACUGCUUCCAUUGAUUUGUGCUUCACCUGACAUCUGCUUCCGGUACACGGAUAAGAUGCGUGUUGCCGGAUUCGAGCCAACCGUAGAGUGGAUGCCUGGAACAGCUCCAACCCACAUUGAUGAUGACCCUGAAGAAUUAGAUGCAUAUCACUCUGGCAGUUUAACUCCCGGGGGGUCACCUGACAACGCACAUGCCCAAUCCUCAUCUGCUGCCACUUCGCGCAGCUCUCUUAAGAAGUUCUGCACUAUUGUUCAGACUUUCAAUGACUACAAGAAGGACUUGGUUAGGUCUAUUGGCUUUGGUGGAAUGCUACAUCUUCCUAGGAUUAAGAAGCUAAACAUCAAGUUUAGCAUGUGGCUCAUGCAGAAAGUAGAUUGCCAGGCCCGAUCCAUUCGCAUAGAUGACAACCGCGUGCUUCAGUUGAUCCCCAAUGAUGUCAGUACUGUAUUUGGCAUCCCCUGCGGCCCAAAGGAUAUAUUAGGCCCUGAUGCCUUCAUCACGCAGGAAGCUAUAAAUUUCCUCCAGAGCAGUAUAGGAAUGUCUGAUAAGCAUCCACGUAGUCUGAAAGCAGUAGAGUCUGUUCUGCGUUUGGAAAUUAUUAAUACCUCAUCUAAGAUGCUUGUAGAGGCUUUCAAGGUGGCUUUCGUUGUUUUUGCCAUGGGCAAUGUCCUCACUCCUUCUGCCAAACAUGACUAUGUAAAUGUUAAUUUCUGGGGAGCCUUGAGCCGGUCGGAAGAAAUAUACCAAUUCAAUUGGGCUGCCCAUGUACUGAACACCCUCGUUGAUGCUGCAAGGAAAGUUCAAUCUGAUCUUGCACGCAAGCGGACAGUCUCCAACAUCUCAGGAUGCCAUAUAUUCCUUCAGGUUCUUUAUCUCGACAAUUUGGAAUUGGGCCCUCUGAAGAUGUCGCAUGCAAAGCUGCCUCGUAUCAAGGAAUUCAGUUUUGACCUGCUGUCAAAGAUGAUAUCUGCUGAUUCAUAUCGCCAACAUGGCUGCCCUGAACCUUGCUUUGGCAUAAGCCAGCUGCGCGAUCCCUCCGAGGUAUGCUACAAGUGUUUCGGUGUGUCAAGGCCCGAUACACAGGCAACAAGGACAGAGGCUAUCCCUUCCCUUCAGGACAAUGUAGCAAAAUCUCCAGAGGUUCAGUCUGCCCAGCUGCCUACAUCAACCAUGCCCCAACUGCCAUUACCUGCCUACUCCAACCCAUUGUUGACUGAUCAGACGGAGCUAAUUAACCAUAUCCGAACCCAUUAUCCUAAGCUGGAAAGGAGUAAAAUGGCUGACAUUCUUAAGAGGUUCAAUGCACGGUACCUCAAUCUCACUGUGACCUACAAGAAGGGUGUCUCUGACCUCAUUAUCUCCCUAGCUGAUUUCAUUCUAGACUACAUUUCAAAGGAAUGUGGGGCACUUGACGCCCUCACGCCUGCCCCGACGUGCGUUGCUAGUGGUGGUGAACCAAUAAACGGCCCGAGGUCUUCAUGCACAAAAAAUGGAACUGGACAACAACUCGACCAAUCAGAUACCGAAGCUGAGAGUGCUGCUACGCCUCUUCACAAGCAUUCACGUUCGCUGGAUGUUAUGCCUAACACAUGGACCUCUAGUCCAUCUUCAUAUGGAAUCAAGAAGCAACGCAACUACAUGAGUGCUGGCGCUGCAACCCGUCCUCUUCAUGCUGGCCCUAAACUUACAUACCAGGAAACUUCGACUAGUCAUUUUGUUCCUGCCCCGCAUAAAGAGACUACUGAACUACCAUCUACUCCACGUCGUUUGCUAAAACAAGACUGCACGGUUGCUGUUGUCAAUCAGAUGUGCAGUGCAGAUGAGGUCGAGGAUCCUGACGGCAAAAUUCUUUUUGCACAACGUUCAUCUGAACCAAUAUGCAAGAAAAAAUUGAUGCUUGGGGAACAGGCUAGGUCACCAUGGAACAUGGGGUGCAUUCAUCCGGAUAAUGGCUGUGUUGUCCCUCAAAAGUUAGCUUCUUGGGUGUAUGCUGCUGCUGAUGUAUAUCUCAAGCGGAACUGGGUUAUUCACCACUCACCCAAGUACAUACAACUUUCUGGUGAGGCCUUUAGGUCUCAGUUGGUAGGCUCGAACCCUAUGGGUUUUGAGUUGUGUGACAUACUCAUCCGCCGCUUUACCCAGCUCGAUGCAGACAUGCACGCCAAUUCUUGGAAAUGUCGCUGGAGGCAUUUCUUUGAAUCUGAUUUCUAUUCUUUUGCGUUAGCUGGGUACGACCUGCUGAAUGUCCUCUCUGUUAGGGAGCAAUUCAUUGGAACAAAUGUUCCCUACAACCUAUCUGCUUGCCGGAUGAUGCUGGUCCCUGCAUGUAUCAAUCAAGUGUGGUGUUGUUUCUCCUUUGACAUGUGGAACAAAGUCAUAUAUGUGCUUGACCCCUGUGGCCCGAAUCCUCACACUACUUUGAAGAGGCAUGCUGCAUAAAGGAUUCUCGAUGCUUUGUGCAAAUGCAUAUCCGCGUUCUUUGAUAACUGGCAACCUGACCCCAAUGCAUGGCAGGUGCAUUUCCCAGCUCUCAACAUUGAGUCCUGCGAUGUUGUGCACUCUGGUGUCUGCAUGCUACAUUGUGCCCGGAAUUUCAAAGGCGAUGCUUUGGCAAUGCCAUUGAAAUUGGGUCAAAUCCCUUCCUUGCGGAAUGCCCUUCUCUGUGAAGCGCUGACUAUUUCUGGGAACAAUGUCGCCAUUCCACUUCCCCUUAAAACUAUCAUUGCCGACUCUGUGUACUAGGUGUUCUUGCUCAACUAUGCAAUCUAAUGGACGACCUGUACACGUUUACAUUUUGGUUGUGUCAACUUUUAGCGAUACAAUUCUUUUAGUGACGCUGAUGCUUUUUGCUUUCCUGAUUUACUGUUGCACCCUGCGUUUGUUCUUCGCAAUGUCGCACCACAGCCGCAACAUCUAAAUCGGCUUUUCUGUAAACGUACUGUAAGGAUUCACAUUUUGUGCCAACCUUUCUGCUGGCCUGACAUGCUGUAUUUUUUCUGUUAUAUAUAUGUUACUUUCGACUUUG